UUCAAAAAUGGACCUGGUAGCAUUUGGGAGACUAUUUAGAUUCCUGUGUGAGAGAAAGGGAUGUGAAUGUGUACAGCUGUGACUCCUGGGACUGCCUGGAUGAGCCCUUGUUGUGUUCUUGGCAAGGUUUUUGAAGUGGCUUCCUGUUCGAAAACCCAAAGUCCUCCAGUGACUUGAAUUCUGGAGGAGAACUUGGGACUCCUAGUUUGUAGAUCAGUAUCUUCAGCAACUACCCCAAUGUGACUCGCAUGAUGAGACUGGGCUGCCCUAGGAGAUUAAGGCUGAAGCCAUAGGAGAGAAAGUCCCACGGAAUAUCCUCCCCACCCUCUCCAAAGGGCUUCCUCGGAGGAAAAUAGAAGAGCUGCUGUCCCUGCAGGGGGGCCUUCCGCAAAGGCAAGGAAUCGCCCAGCGAGUUUUGGGCGGAAACAGGUGUUGAGUUGCCAUUUGGAGAAUGAAUGGGCUCCAUGCGGGAGGCCACCUUUUCUGCGCUGCCUAGCCUCCUGAAGGCCAGCCCACCCGCUCUGCCAUCACAGCCUGAAGUGGCCUGCAGCUAUGGACACGAGGGUCCCUGGCCCCUGCUUUGAGCCACCCUCACCAUGCUAGUGCCUGGGGACAAGAACUUCCUUACCGACAUCAUCUACAUUGCCUUUGAACUGCUCAUUGCCCUUCUGGCCAUCUUUGGGAACGUCCUGGUGUGUUGGGCCGUUUAUCUCAACAGCAACCUGCAGAAUGUCACCAAUUACUUUGUGGCUUCCCUGGCGAUAGCUGACAUUGCGGUGGGUGUGCUGGCCAUCCCUUUCGCCAUCACGAUCAGCACCGGCUUCUGCACCUUUUUUUACAGCUGCCUCUUCAUCGCCUGCUUUGUCCUGGUGCUGACCCAGAGCUCCAUCUUCAGCCUCCUGGCCAUUGCCAUCGAUCGGAUUAUUGCUAUCCGUAUCCCUCUCAGGUACAAUGCUCUGGUGACCAGCUCACGUGCCAAGGGAGUCAUCGCCAUCUGUUGGUUCUUAUCCUUCAUUAUUGGCCUGACGCCAAUGCUGGGCUGGCCCAGGAAUGCUCUGGAAGAGAAUGGGCAAAGGGAGAAUAGAACCAACUGCAGUAGCAAUAUGGUGCGUUGCCUCUUUGCAACUGUGGUCACCAUGGAUUACAUGGUCUACUACAACUUCUUUGCCUGUGUGCUGCUUCCUCUCCUUCUGAUGUUUGGGAUCUACUUGAAGAUCUUCAUGACAGCCCGGCAGCAGCUCAAGCAGAUGGAAAACAAGGCGAUGCACGGGGGGCGGUCCCGAUACAUUCUGCAGAAAGAGGUCCAUGCAGCAAAGUCUCUGGCCUUCAUUGUGGGGAUGUUUGCUGUCUGCUGGCUGCCGUUACACCUGAUCAACUGCUUCACCCUCUUCUGCCCCACUUGCAAAGAUCCUCCCCCCGGGGUCAUGUACCUGGCCAUUAUCUUAUCCCACGCCAACUCCAUGGUGAACCCCCUGAUCUACGCCUACCAGAUCCGAGAGUUCCGCUGCACCUUCAGGAAGAUCAUCCAGCGGCACAUCCUGUGCAGGAAGCAGGGCUUCAUGUCCGCUACUGCCAGCCGCAGGACUUCUGCACACGACGGAGAGACUGAGAACACAACUGUACAGAUCAGCAACUACUCACUCAACUUCCACUCUGGCAGAGACUUCAGGAGCAUCCAUGGGGGCCAUUCUGGGGGGCAAAGCAUCUGCAUGGAAUGGACCCCAAGCCAGAACGGACUGGCUGGAGAAGUGAACGGACACCUUGUACUUUCCUGCAAAAAUGGGGAGCUCCAGAAAAAUGGAGCCCCUUAGCCAAGAGCCUCUGGGGUCCCUGGGUUUUAUGGCAAUGUGGAGGCUUCACUGGAAGCCCCAAAGGCAUCCUGAGGGUGCUGGGGAUGUUGCUGUGCUGGGCAGAACUUUCCUAGGCUGCAGGGAUCCUUCUGAAGGGGGAGGGGAGAAGAGGGGGAAGGCCCCAGAACCGGGCAGGAACCUUUGCAGGCAGAGGG